AUGAAGUCCCUUAUGGCGAUGACCCUCGUUGGUACGGGAAGGGAACGCUUCACCUGCGAGAUGUUUGAUCACUUGGUGGUCAGACCACAGGAGAUUACGCCGUGCCAGAGAGUGAAUCCAGUCGUCUCCUCGGUAAGCCGAACGGUUGUUUUGGUGGAAAACGUAUUGGAGAGAAUUUUGGUCUAUCGCGUGGAUGCCAGACAAUCGAUGCUCAAUAUUCCUGUCGCCUAUGCUGAGGCAAAAGUGUCGAAUGACAGCCACAAAGGCGCUUUCUGUGAAUACUGGCAAGUCGCUGUUAGCGCUUUGUUCCAUCACGAAGCCGCACUUGUAACAGGCGACCUCAACAUGAGGAAGUGGAAAAAGUUGCUGCUCUCACAGCUGACGCUGUAUGAUGCCUGCGAACUGAAGCUGAAGCAUUAG